AUGUCAAGCCGCAACUCAGUAGAUUGGACCAAGGGGGAAUUCGCUGCGUUCCUUGCCGCUCUCCCCGAGGUGCCUUCAGAAGGCGAGAGCCAUACCAUCCCGCCCGGAUCGAGCUCUGGACCUGUUGCUCGAUCGGGAAACAUCCCUCAGGAGCGCGACACAUUCAUCGAGGAAGGUGCGGAAGAUGGAGGCGACAGUGAUACCAUGCCACGGCUCCUAUACGAAGGAUUAUCAUCCGAUGACGAAGAUGACACGACCACUCAAGCGCAGCGGCCCGACGAUCUCGCCCCGGCGUCUCACGACCAGGAGGAAGCCGAAAGAGAAAGACAGGUGGACGCUGCCAGGAAGGGCAAGACAGCCGCCACGAUCGUGCCGGCGUCGGCUAAGGCCUCAGAGUGGACAUUGUCUGGAGUGACAACAGUGCCAACCGAGUCGUCCCAUCAUCGCUCCAUGAAGCCAGAUGAGAAGCAGGCCUUGGCAAAAGCUCUCCGAGAUAUCAAGGUCCGGCUGAAAGAAGAGCGGGGGCAAUGGAAGUCUUCCACUACAGCGCCUAUCGAAGCGGACAAGGUGACCGCCCGCGCCUCGAGCACCCGCCUUCGAGCAUCCACCAAGGCAGCAGGCGAUGUCCUGAUCGGCCUCCUCGACAAGACGGAGAGACCUCCGAGACUCCGGCGCACGGUGGUCCCCAGUUCCGAGCCACUCCCUUUCCAGAUGCGUGACCUGCCUCACCCCAAGGAGUCGGCGGACGAUACGCUCUUGCUCGAGAGCUUCGAACGGCUGUCGAAUGACUUUGGUCGGAGCGCUCUUGAGUUCAAGGAGACUUAUCGGGGGUGGAUGGGCCAAGGGCUUGUGAGCGCCAAAGAAGUGAAGAUGGAGGCGACUCGCCUGAUCAAGUACACGGCGACCGUCGACCGGUGGGCUGAAGGCUUGGAAAAGAGCUUGCGCGAAGCCUACAACGCAUCAGUCGCGAUGUUCGAGUCGAUGGGGACGACCGGACGAGACGUGAAACUCCAGGCUACGGGUCCCUUGGACCCAGUCCAGCUCGGCUCGGCCUUCCGUACCAAAUCUCUGCUCGUCAACGCUGGGAUCAUUGCGGCAGACGAAUACGCAAGUCGAGGGAAGUCUACCAGAUCCACAACGGCUUACACUGACGAGGCGUUCGAGGACGAUGCACGCACACUCAUCCGGGCGCUCACUCGACUCGACAAUCUCAGCACUCUCGUCCAGACCGUUCCUGCCCUCGCCAGACUCCGCGCGCCAUCCGCCGCUACUGGUACCACCCAGACCUGA